AUGAGCGAGUUACACCCAUUGGAUGUGGAGUACACGACAAUUCGAGGAUCUUCCGUACUAAGUGGGCGAUAUGAUAUCAAAUCAAAGCUGGAACACGAAGCUGGAUACCUGGAUGCCAUUCCAGAUAACAUAUGUCAGUACCAACUUUUGGUUUAUGUUGACUUAAGUGGUAACAAUAUAAAGGAAAUUGGAAAUAUAUCGUGUCUUACUAAAUUAGAUACGUUAGAUUUGAGUGAGAACCAAUUGUCCUUCAUCUACAAUCAUACCUUCCGAGGACUUGUGUCACUCCGGAAACUGAAUUUGGCAAAUAACAAGAUAAGCUACAUAGAACCCUAUACUUGGUCUCAUCAAACGUCUUCAAUAUUAAACAUUCAGUUGGAGGGCAACGAACUAUCAGAAGUUGACAUGACGAAUAUAAUCAUCAAUCGGCCUUUUUGCAUGUUGGAUUACCGAAAUAACCACAUCAAAGAUAUCGUCAGCGAAGCUGGAUGGACUUUGACGGCGGACGAUGAGAUCGUAAAAGGUGGUUACGUCAACCUGACAGACAACAAAUUGUCUGGCGUAAUCGACUUUCUAUAUCAAGGUGUGUCUGACCUUAAAGUCUUAGGAAAGAUAUUUUCUACGUAUGCGUUUGACAUGCGUGAUGCCCCUUUUCAGUGUGAUUGUAUAAUGGAGCCAUUCUUGAAAAUGGUUGAAUCUAAUUUUCAAACCAUGUGGAGGUCAUAUUAUGAACAAAUAAAGUGCUUUUAUCCGGAAGAACUGAGGAAUAAAGUACUUGCAGAGCUUGUACGGAAUAAGCAAUAUGACUUGUUUAUAUGUGAUAUUCCACAAAGUGAAGGUUGUCCUUACAAUUGCAAUUGCUAUAAACAGCCAAGCAGAGAUCGCGUGGUCGUAAAUUGCUCAGGGCAUGGACUUGAUCAAAUACCACAACAGGUACCUAGAACAGAUCUCCACCUUGAGAUAUAUCUAGACAAUAACAGUAUAUCCACCUUGGAGUGGCGAGGAUACCUUAACCAAACACGGAAGUUAGUCUUAUCCAACAACUCCAUAACUACGAUGGAGGGACGCGCUGUUAAUCAACUACAGAAUGCAACAGAAGUAGACUUACGGGGAAAUACAGGAAUUAUACAUCUACCAGAAGACAUCCGUUAUUUGAAACCAAGUAUUUUUAUUUUCGGCGAAUUGACAAUUGUUUGCGAUUGUAGCAAUACAUGGUAUGGAGAGUGGAUAAAAAUGCAUAAGAAUGAAAAAGGACACAACAUGUUUUGGUGCCACACUGAAAACAACGUUAAAGAGGCUCCUGAGGUAGUAACAAAAGAGUUCCUAGAUUGUAGUAAACCGUCGAUGCUAUCAAAAUGGAUUACGGUGGCUCUCGCAAUACUCACAUCUCUUAUCUUGGGCAUUUCGUUAAUCGUGAAGGUAUUUAAGUACGAAAUUUACCUGUUGUUCCGUACUCUCAGAAACAAAUAUAAGACAUACCCAGAUAUGUAUUAUGAUGUUUAUGUAUCAUAUGAUGAAACAACUGACGAGAUAAAUAAGUGGAUAAUGAAUGGAUUACUUCCAGCACUGGAACAGGACGGUUACCGUGUUUGUAUCCCGGCUAGAGAUUUCAAUGUAGGUGUUCCACAUGAAGAUGAAAUCGCUGAUUUUAUGGGACGGAGCAAAUUUGUUUUAAUGCUCGUUUCAAAAAAUGAGAAAAAUGUGUUUUGGGAUUUGGAGUGGAAGCGUGCAUGGUAUUCAUAUACAUCGUAUAAAAUCCAAAACAUCAUCCUUAUCAAUUUCGACAUGGCUGAAUACGAUUGCGUGACCCAUCCUGUCCUUAGGGCCUUCAUUCGACUUGGAAUGUGCAUUGACUUCGCCAACAUGGACCAGUCAUUGAUUCAAGAUAUCAAGAAAAUGCUAGGGUUUCCUACUAGGAAAAAGAUUCGUCUUGAAAACGAAUUUUCUAAUUGCAAUACACGAUUUAAACGUAGCGAAAUGCUGAUGAAUCGUUAA